AACAGGGCGUGGGGUUUGGACUCUUUGAGAAAAAAAACUACUGAAGUUUGAAAAAAUAAGUGACAGAGUUUGACAGUUUCACUUAGGUAAUUUGCUGUGAAAAUUUCUCUUGUGAAUUCUUUUUAAGCAUAGCAGAAAACUAGAUUGAUACCGGUAUACUAUGGAAGGCGGUCCUCACAAAGCGGAUAAGACGGAGUUUACAGAAUGUUGGAGGACGUCAUGGAAAACACCUUACAUCAUGCGUCUCGCCUUUUCUGCUGGCAUUGGAGGGUUGCUGUUUGGUUAUGAUACCGGUGUGAUUUCUGGUGCAUUGCUUUAUAUUCGGGAUGAUUUCAAAGCCGUUGAUAAGCAUACUUGGUUGCAAGAAACCAUAGUUAGCAUGGCGGUUGCAGGAGCAAUUUUUGGGGCAGGAUUUGGUGGUUGGUUUAAUGACAAGUACGGUCGGAGAAAAUCAAUUCUUUUAGCAGAUAUCUUGUUCUUUGUUGGUGCAAUCGUUAUGGCAGUUGCUCCAGCACCGUGGGUGAUAAUUAUCGGAAGAGUACUCGUCGGUUUAGGAGUUGGAAUGGCUUCCAUGACAUCUCCACUUUAUAUCUCAGAAGCUUCCCCAGCUCGGAUUAGAGGAGCUUUAGUUAGCACGAAUGGUCUGCUAAUUACGGGUGGACAGUUUUUAUCUUAUCUUAUCAACUUAGCAUUUACCAGGACCAAAGGAACUUGGCGAUGGAUGCUCGGGGUAGCUGGAGUUCCUGCUUUGAUUCAAUUUUUCCUAAUGCUAUCCCUCCCCGAGUCACCUCGUUGGUUGUAUAGAGAGAACAAAAAGGACGAAGCGAGGGCUAUAUUAGAGAAGAUAUAUCCGGCUCAUGAAGUUGAAGAUGAGAUGAAAGCUUUGGAGAUUUCCAUUGAAGCAGAGAAGGCUGAUACUCAAUUCCUUGGCGCUGGUAUUUUCUCAAAAGUCAAGAGUGCUUUUAGCAACACUGUUGUUCGUCGUGGUCUCUAUGCCGGUAUUACAGUCCAAGUGGCACAACAAUUUGUCGGAAUAAACACGGUCAUGUAUUACAGUCCGACGAUUGUACAACUGGCUGGAUUUGCUUCUAACAAGACAGCUUUAGCACUCUCGCUCAUAACAUCUGGUCUCAAUGCUGUCGGUUCCAUUGUGAGUAUGUGUUUUGUCGACAGAUUCGGGAGGAGGAGGUUGAUGAUUGUCUCCAUGUUUGGUAUCAUAGCAUGCCUAGUGGUAUUGUCUGUGCUCUUCAUGCAAGCUUCUUCACAUGCCCCACCGAUUAGUGCCUUUGAAUCCAAUCACUUUGGAUCAAAUUCCACAUGCUCGGCAUUUCUAAAAGCUCCCGAUGCAUUGUCCUGGAACUGUAUGAGUUGCUUGCAGUCUUCCUCAGAUUGUGCUUUCUGCUCUAAUGGAAACAACAAAUAUCAUCCUGGUGCAUGCUUGGCUCUAAAUGAUGACGUUAGAGGUUUAUGCCGAUCAGAAAAGCGUGCAUGGUACACAAAAGGUUGUCCUAGUAAAUUCGGAUUCUUUGCAGUGUUGCUUCUCGGAUUGUACAUCAUAUCCUACUCUCCAGGAAUGGGAACAGCGCCUUGGAUCGUCAACUCUGAGAUAUACCCCUUACGAUACAGAGGUAUUGGUGGUGGUAUAGCGGCCGUUUCUAAUUGGGUAUCUAACCUUAUAGUGAGCGAGUCGUUCUUGACUUUAACGGAGGCAAUUGGUUCUGCUGGUACAUUCCUUUUGUUUGCUGGAUUCUCUGCAAUUGGCUUAGUCGCUAUUUUCUUUCUGGUACCCGAAACGAAAGGUCUGCAAUUCGAGGAAGUUGAGAAGAUGCUUGAGAAAGGCUAUAAACCAAAGUUAUUUCGCAAGAAAACGAGCGAAAAGACAGCAGAUGCAAGCUAAAGUUCAAUUCAGUGUGACAUUUUUUGCUGGUAAUUAGUCCCAUAUUUAUAGAUUAUGGCGAAAAAUAAGCUCUACUACAAUAUGCAAGUGAAGAUCUCUGAUUGUUCAAGUUACUGUUUUAUAGUGUAGAUGAUCAGAGAGUAGAACAUUUUGGUUUUUCAAUUAGACAUUUCAAAUGCCAAAGUACAUUUUGUUUUAUAUGCUCUAGAUAUCUUUAUUUCGCUUCCUUAA